AUGAUUUUAUACAAAUCGAGGUGCUGUGAGUCGACGAUUUUUCUAUUUUUUCUAUUUUCAUCAACAGCAUUUGGUGUCUUUACGAGAGGCCUUUCCCAGCAACAUUGCAAGUGCGAGCGGCGUUUUCGGCCCGUUUGUGGCUCGGAUGAGAUCACCUAUGACUCCGAGUGUCAUCUACAAUGUGAAAGGCAAAUGAAAACGGACCUUCGUUUACUCUAUUCGGGAACGUGUUGCCCGAAAAAUGCUUGCCCAUCCGUAAAUUCACCCGUUUGCGAUAAUUUUGGUAGAACCCACCAAAACGAGUGUCGUUUUCAUUUUCACAAAUGCUUGGCAAAGAAAUUGCAAAACAAGAAGCUCUACAUACAGCAUAAUGGAGAAUGCAGACCAGACGAGCGACAAGAUGAGGAUUGCACUGCGAUUUUCUGCGAUCAACAAACUGAUGGACCAGUUUGCGAUCAAUUCGGGAACACUCACAACUCGACGUGCAAAUUUGAUCAAGUGAAUUGCGAGCGAAGAAAUCGUGGAAAUGAAGAGAUCGCUUUGGCAUAUCAUGGCCGAUGCAGAAAUGAGACAGAAAUUGCAGAAAAGGAAUUGCUUCUCGUAAUGACUCAUCUAAACCUCUCGACAACCGAAAUCCCGACGAUAAAGAAGCCAAAAAAGUUGAAGAAGAUCAAAAUCGGGAAAAAGACUCCAUCGAUCGAUCGAAAAGCUUUAGCGAGCAAAAUCCGCUCACAAUCAGAAGGGAAAAGAUUGGAAGUAUCGAAAUUUGAAGAGAUGAAAAAGGAAGAACAAGACGAACAACCAUUUUCUGCGAUUUCGGCGAUUUUUGGAGAGGAUGAGCCAGAAACCAGGAGUGGGUUAACUGCAAAAGUCGCGCUGAAAUCUACAACAAUGCCAACGACGACGGCAACUUUUAUCAGAGAAACGAUUUUCCCAGACGAUACAGUUAAAGCUACUGAUAGGUUAAAAGCCAUAACAUCCAGUUCUGAAACUGAAACAACAAUGUCUACAAAGAAUCUCCCCUGGGAUCUCUCGAUUCGUUGUUCAGCUGUUUCAUGCAAAAAAGAUUGGCAUCCAGUGUGUGAUCACCAAGGAAGAACCCACAAAAAUCCGUGUCUCUUUCAAUUUUUCGCUUGUAAACUCUAUCGACAUGAGGGGAUUAUUUUGGAGAUUUCUCACCAAGGAGAGUGCAAAGAUACAAAGGUUUACAAAGGCGAUGAUGAGCCGUGUGGUGUUUGUUCGACGGCCCGCGAGAAGACUCCCGUUUGCGAUAAUAGAAAUCAAACUCAUCCCUCACUUUGUCACCUCGCCGUUUGGAACUGCCAAAUGGAAAGAAAAGGCGGCGAUCGACGAGUUUUGGUCCAUAUUGGAUCAUGUCACAAGGAGAGUCCCAUUUUCACGGAAAAGGAAGAAACUUGCCCCGAGCGUUGCCCCGAAGAGACUCGUCCGGUUUGCGACGAGAAAAUGAUUGAGCACAAGAAUCUUUGCGCGUUUCAGAUGAAAAACUGUGUCGAACGGAAAGCGGGCGGAAAAGCCGCGCAUCUCGUCAGUUUAUCGCCGUGUCCAAACGAGAAAAACGAAUCGAAUACCAAAGAGAACAAAUGCUUUGAAACAAAAUGCUCAAAUGAAUCUCAACCAAUUUGUGAUUCGCAAGGGAAUCAACACUUAAAUUUGUGUCUCUUUGAACGAGAGAAAUGCAAAGCUGAGCUGAAAGGGAUCAGAUUGAAGAUCGAGCGUUUCGACAAAUGUGAAAAGUGCAAAUCCGACUGUUUUGGAGUUGACGUUGACGCAAAAUCGCCAAUCUGUGCCAAUGAUUACGUCACUUAUGACAGCGAUUGUCAUUUUCAAAAGGCCAAGUGUAUGAAUGACAGUCUAGCGGUGCUUUUUAAAGGUAGUUGCUCUUUAUGCUUUCACGAGGAAUGUCCUUUGCUUGGCAAUGAUGCUCCCGAUGGGUCGCUUGUCUGCGAUCAAAAUGGACAAACACGAUCUCGCUGCGAGUUCAACGCUCUCCACUGUGUACUUACGCAGAAUUUCGGCUACAAUUUGAGUGUGCUUCAUGAAGGCCGUUGUUGUGCUUCAUUGGAUAACUGUGCCACAGCUCCCUCAAAUCCUUUGUGUGCCUCGGAUGGACUCACUUAUUCGAACAUUUGUCUCUUCGAGAUUGCCCGGUGUCAGAAAAUGAAGAAAAUGGGAAUCGAGCUUUUAAUGAUCAAUGAGGGAGCUUGUGCAAAUACGACCAAAAAGGUUACACCAAGAGCCUCCGAUUCAUCAGAACAACAAGGAAAUGACAUCAAUCAAUUCCCCACUCCACAACCGAUGAGCGAAAGUUGUGAUUUCGCGGAGAAAUGCGGCCACGAGUAUUCGCCGAUUUGUGGCUCUGACAAUAAAAUCUACACAAAUGCGUGUGAAUUGAAAGAAGCAAAAUGUUUAAAAGACUCAUCAUUGACUGUACAAUACGUCGGAGAGUGCUGUCAAGAGGAUUGUCCCGUCAAUUGGAGUCCCGUUUGUGAUAGCGAUCGGAAAAGUCAUCAGAACUUGUGCUUCUUUGGCUUGGCUCGUUGUCUAGAGGAGAGAAAAUUCGGCCGAAAUCUGACAAUCUCGAAAUUCGAUCUUUGCGAAAACGAGAUUCCAUGCAAAGAGUGCACAAAAGUUUAUGAACCAAUUUGCGCGAAUAAUGAAGAGACAUUUGUGAAUGAAUGUGAAUUGGAACGAUACAAUUGCUUGAUUGAGAGGAGAAUCACGAGUGGGCAAAGGGUGCACAAAGGGUAUAUUGGUGAAUGCUGUUCAACAAAACCUUGCCCUCUCACCUAUGAUCCCCUUUGUGAUUCCCACGGCCGAACACAUCCAAAUCAAUGCGCUUUUCAGCAACAUCAAUGCAAAUUGAGAAAAACGGAGAAUGAAACCAUUGAAAUCGCAUAUAAAGGUCAAUGCUGUGGUCAACCUUGCGAAGAAACGGUUCAUCCAGUUUGCGAUGGAACCAAGACACACUCGAAUAUGUGCAAGUUUAGAGUGGCUCAAUGUGAGGCGGAACGAGUGGGUGAAGUCCUCUUGUUGGCGUAUGCGGGAGAGUGUUGUACAAUGGGACAAGGUGACUGCGCGAAAAGCGGUCAUUUAUGUGAUUCGGACGGACAAACGCAUGCCGAUCUGUGCCAUUUCAAAGAGAAACAGUGCAUAAUGGAAAGGAAUCGACUCAAAAAUAUUACGAUAGUGCAUACAGGCGAAUGCUGCAAGAUUGAAUCGUGCGACAAAACGGUGGACCCGGUUUGUGACUCGAAUGGGGGAACGCACGCGAGUUUGUGUCACUUCAAGAAUACGAAGUGUAUCCACGACAAGCUCCACCCGAACAAUACAUUACAUUUCGAGUAUACUGGUGCUUGUUGUGCCUCAAACUGUCCCGGAGAUUGGGAACCGGUGUGCGAUCAACACGGAAGAGUUUACAAAAAUAACUGCUUUUUCCAACUGAAGAGUUGCGAAUUGCGGAGAAGAUCUGGCGGUGUCCUCUUAGAGACUCCAUGUCCUGAUCGUCGGACGAGAACAAUGACAGAAACAGAAAUCGACACAACUUGUGUGCAUCCAUUCUUGACCUCACUUGGCACAUGUCGAAUGGGGAAAUGCGCUGAUCCAAGAGCCGCCUGUAUCUUCAGUCUCGCCGCCAAUCAACACAUUUGCUGUGCACCACGACCGGGAGCCAUUCAGCCAAUUUGUCCCUCAUGGAACACCCUGCUCUUACCAAUGCUAUGCGAUCCAACACAGCCAGUCGAUGAACAAUAUCAUUAUUUCAUUUACCCGCCAAAAUUUCGUCGCAAAAGGGAGAUGUCGCAUUUGAGGAGGACAGAAAGUCGAGAAUCAAUCUUAUCAAGCGCCUCGAAUGCGAGCAGAAUUGACAACUUUGAGAUUGGUGAUCGGGUAGAGAUCGAGAAUCGAGCUGCGACAAUCGCCUUCAUUGGGAACACACAGUUCGCACAAGGAGAAUGGAUCGGUUUGAUUCUCGACGAAGGACUGGAAAAAAUGAUGGAUCACCGCAGGGGAUACGAUAUUUUGAGUGUGAUCCGAACUACGGCCUAUUUUGUAAAGCCGGGAAGU